UUUACUACUUCGUCUUUACAAUGAUUGUAGUUUUGUAGUUUUAUUCUCUUCGCUCGCUGAUGCUUCUCCCAUCCCGUGGUGCUGGACUGAACUGAAGUGGGCAAGUGAAGGUUUCUCCCUCUAGGGCUUGCUGCAUUAAACUGUUACUUUGAAGUACACUUGCAAGAGCCUGAUUUCAUGAAAUCUGUGAAGAGCUGCAAGACAGCGAGAUGUCGAUCGAUCUUGGCUUUUUCGAGACUAGCGCUGAAAAGAGCCCUUAUAGACGCCUGCCCUUGAAACGAGGCGACAGGGAGGCGGAGGAUCGGAUGAAAAUUGAGUACAGAGUGAAAGGGGUAUGCGCCCGCGAGUAUGAGGAUUGGUACUGGUGCAAUGCGUCUGGCUCGUAUAAGUCCAAGUACGCCUGCUACGGCAAGACCAAAGCGCUCCUCUACUGCCAAAAGCGGGCCGAGGAGCUGCUGCUGGGCAAGUAUGAGGAGAUGAUGAAACUGAAGGGCAUCAACGCCAAGGAAGCCGAGAUUGAGCAGCGACUGGACCUGGCCAGGGCGGAGCGUGAGGCCCAGGCGGCACACAUCGAACAGCUUCGGCAGACGGCACGUCGAGAACUCGACAGCAAGAGAGCGGCAGAAAAGAGCACAUGAAGCUGCGAAGAGUGCUGUAUAUCCAAGCCAGUGCAGUAUCUGUGUCACUUACAAGCCCUUGUAGGUGCGGUGAGGAGACGACUCGAGUACACAAUACCGCCGGCAAAAGUGUGAGCGAUCUCGUCUUGACACGACCAGUACAGAUCAGACUUCAAGCUAUGGCUGUGUUAGCGAGUAACCGGCGCAAUGCUGUGCUGAGGAACACCCGUGCCACUCUGAUUUGGCCUGUUUGACUACCGGCUGGACAUGUAGCCCGCCGCCGACUAGAUUCCUGUGCUCAUGCUUUGGGUCUGCGCGUGUUACCAUGGUUACUGCGUGAGGCGCACCAACGACGGAUGUGCCCGUCAUGACCCGGCUUGCGCUGACGUUUUGUGUACAUGCAGGCAAGAACCCGUACCGACUGAGACGGCACCUACGGCUUUUCUAGUGUGCUCUGGUCAGGGCUCUGGCCUCGCCUCAGUUAAUGGACACUUGAAGUACUCAAAACACUACAGUUAUUCCCAUCAUUUAUCAUCCAUGCGUGUUUCUAUCUCGUGUUAACGUAUUAAUACGCCCCUCGCACAAUUCUUA